AUGAAGUCCCUUUUGUCGAUGGGCGCGCUGACGCUGUUAGCCGCACUACCUCUCGUUUCAGCACAUACUCGAUUCACGACUCUUUUCAUCAAUGACCAGUCACAGGGCGAUUUCAAAUGUAUUCGCAUGGACCCGAACUUAAGCAGCACCACAUCCUUCGUAGGCUUUGCCCAAGAUCCUAACUCAUCCGAAGGUUCUUUAUCGUCUCCAGAAAUGGCUUGCGGUGUUGCUGGUGGAAACGCAGUCGAAGGAGCUUGUCCUCUCAAUGCUGGUGAUAAGAUUACUAUGUUGCAUCGCAUGUGGGCAGAUGGUGCUCAACCAGGAAGUCUUGACCCCAGUCACAAAGGGAGUACAGCCGUGUACAUGAAGAAGACGGGUGGUGCUGAAAGUUCUGAUCCGUGGGCACAGCAGGCGGCUGGUGACGGAUGGUUCAAGAUUGCUUGGAAUGGUUAUGACGAGGCGAGCGGUAAAUGGGGAACUGAAACGAUGAUUGCCAAUGGUGGCAUGAUGUCGGCUCAGAUUCCAAGUGAUCUUGCGAGUGGUUACUAUCUGGUCAGGACCGAGGCCCUGGCAUUGCAGAACGUGGUCAAUGAGCAUAUCAACCCACAAUUCUAUGUCGGCUGCGCCCAGGUUUUGGUUCAAGGAUCUGGUUCAUCUGAGCCAGCCAAUACUGUGGCCAUUCCAGGUCAUGUUGACAGCUCGAUGCCUGCCAUGAGCUACAACAUUUACAAGUCUACACCACCCACGAUACCAUUUCAAGAGUUCGGUCCCGAAGUCUAUACUCCAGGCUCGGCCUCUGGCUCGGCUCCCAAGCCCUCUUCAAGCUCAGUGCCCAGGGUCUCCGCUAGCUCCCCACCAAAGUCCUCUGCCAGCUCGCCUCCUAAAACCAUUGCCAGUCCGCCUCCCCAGUCUAUUGCAAGUCCACCCCCUCAGUUCUCGAGCAAUCCACCUCCUCAGUUGCCUGCCAGCUCGCCCUUCAAGUCCAUCGCCAGUCCACCGCCUCAAUCUGUCAGCUCACGUCCGCAGUCCAUUGCCAGCGCUCCUCCCAAAGCCUCUUCUAGCCCCAACGCGGGACCGGACACAACCACCGCGACCCCCUACCAGGCAGCAGUCGGAGCCUGUCCAUCCGAUGCAAUCCUCCAGGUCGCCGACCAAUGUUUCACCGAGAUUCCACCAUGGUCAGAUGACACAGCAGGUCCUCUUCCGAAGUGUUGGGCUGCGAGUCAAGCUUGCUGGGACGAAGUAGAUAUUUGCUGGAAAAUUGGUCGUCCUGCUCCCGACAGCGCUGAGAAGACCGAAGGAUGCAAUCUAUGGAGUGACAAAUGUGCGGGCAUUGUUCAGUGGUGUGAAGCUGGAAACUUGAGUGGGCCACCUAAUGCUGGAAAGCCACUCAGAUCGCAGAGGCCAGCACAGCGAGUGAGAAAUAGGAGGAGAGAUGAUGCUGUUGCGAGAGAGCUAACCGCGAAAAUGCUUAUGUAG